CAGCAGAGCCUUUCAACGCAGUGUGCUCGCAAUUAUUUUCAGUUGAAAAUUAAGGUAACUUUCAAAUAUAAAUAAUACUACGAAAAAUUGCAACCCUUAAGUGGACAAACAUGGCUUCCACAGGAGCAUCGCUGCUACAUAUGUUGACAACAAAUCACACAUGUUGUACUAUUGAGCGUAUAACAAUUUCAACAAAUGGUGUAAAAAUGUCUUCGUCAUCGACGUCAAUGAUAGCACCAGUAGGAUCAAUAUCCAGCAGUGGAUCUACUGGAAGUUCCUCGCGUACAUUGUCUCUUUUGGAUAAACAAAAAUUUAUUGAAGAAUAUGACUUUGCAUAUUGUGAUGAAUCCUCUAAAUAUGAAAAGGUGGCCAAAAUUGGACAGGGGACAUUUGGAGAGGUUUUCAAGGCACGUGAGAAGAAAAGUAAUAAAAAAUUCGUUGCAAUGAAAAAAGUGCUAAUGGAGAAUGAAAAAGAAGGUUUCCCAAUCACCGCAUUGCGUGAAAUUAGAAUAUUACAAUUGCUAAAACAUGAAAAUGUGGUGAAUUUGAUAGAAAUAUGCCGUACAAAAGCAACUGCCAAUAAUGGAUAUCGUUCCACAUUUUAUUUGGUCUUUGAUUUUUGUGAACACGAUUUAGCCGGCCUGCUGUCAAAUAUGAACGUAAAGUUCAGUUUGGGUGAAAUAAAGAAAGUGAUGCAGCAAUUGCUAAAUGGCCUUUACUAUAUACACAGCAACAAGAUCUUACAUCGUGAUAUGAAGGCGGCAAACGUGUUAAUAACAAAACAUGGCGUACUAAAGUUAGCUGAUUUUGGAUUAGCGCGAGCAUUCAGUAUACCAAAGAAUGAUACUAAAAAUCGUUACACAAAUCGUGUGGUUACACUCUGGUAUCGCCCUCCCGAAUUGCUAUUAGGUGAUCGAAAUUAUGGACCUCCAGUUGAUAUGUGGGGCGCAGGUUGCAUAAUGGCUGAAAUGUGGACACGUUCUCCAAUUAUGCAAGGAAAUACAGAACAGCAACAACUAAACUUUAUUUCGCAAUUAUGUGGCUCGUUUACACCCGAUGUAUGGCCAGGAGUUGAGGAAUUAGAACUGUACAAGACUGUAGAACUACUAAAGAAUCAAAAACGAAGGGUUAAAGAACGUUUACGUCCUUAUGUUAAAGACUUAAAUGGGUGUGAUCUACUGGAUAAACUCUUAACACUUGAUCCAAAAAAGAGAAUAGAUGCAGACACAGCUUUAAACCAUGAUUUUUUUUGGACUGAUCCAAUGCCUAGUGAUUUAAGUAAAAUGUUGUCGCAACAUCUACAGAGCAUGUUUGAAUAUUUGGCACAACCUCGACGUAGUAACCGUAUGCCUUACCAUCAACCAAUAAAUAAUAAGCCUCAAGAUAAUAGUCUCAUAGAUAGAGUAUGGUAGAUUUAGAACUUAGUUCAUAGGUAUAAGUUUAAUUAAUAUGUUAAGUAUUUUAACAUUUGCAUAUAUUGUAUUGAAACAUAUUUUUAAUAUAUUAAAUAUUUUAUUAUGU